AGGGCUCCAUUUCGACCAACUCUCAGUCAUCAACAAUGGCCACUGCUUCCUCCAUCUCCUUCUCUUCUUCAUUUCUUCCGUUUCCAUGGAGAGAUGGCAAGAUAGCAGAGGUGCGACCUGUGAGGAUCUGCCUCUGCGCACUCCGCUCUCGUCCGAAGAAGAAAUCCUCUAGCUCCUCAAUGUCUCCACCCCGCGUAUCCUCUACACCACAGAAGACUCCGGCGGCUCCCGCGCCGAACGCGCCUCAUUCGCCGCCCAAGAAACGGCACUGGAAGGCGGGUGAGUUCCCGGGGGUCUCGGAGAGUUCAAUUGUCGGAUCUCUUCGGCCGCCGAUUAAAAACAUUAAAAAGAAGAUCGAUGACCGGAGGGGCGCGAAGGCUUGGGCUUGCACGGUUACGGAAGCUCUUUCGGAUAGGAUCCAGAAGAAGCAGUGGCGGGAGGCACUUGAGGUAUUUGAAAUGUUAAGAGCUCAAAGCUUUUAUCGCCCAAAAGAAGGAACAUUUAUGAAACUCAUAGUCCUUUUGGGAAAAUCAGGUCAAGCGGUUAGUGCGGGUGAACUAUUUGAGAUCAUGUUAGAAGAAGGAAUCGAACCCACUUCUGCCUUGUACACUGCUUUGCUAGCUGCCUUUUGUCGGUGCAACUUUAUCGACGAAGCCUUUUCAAUCCUCACUAAAAUGAAGACCUUACCCCUUUGCCAGCCAGAUAUCUUCACAUAUAGCACACUCCUGAAAGCUUGUAUUGAAUCGUCCAGAUUUGAGCUGAUUGAUUCCUUGUAUCAGGACAUGUCUGAACGUAUGAUAGUUCCUAACACAGUAACCCAGAAUAUUGUACUUGGAGGUUAUGGGAAAGCUGGAAAGUUCAUUGAGAUGGAGAAAGUUCUUACCGCAAUGCUAGAGAGUGAUACAUGCAGGCCGGAUGUGUGGACUAUGAAUAUUAUUUUGGGUUUGUUUGGCACGAAGGGUGAAAUAGAGAUGAUGGAGAAAUGGUAUGAAAAUUUUCGCAACAUUGGCAUUGAGCCUGAAACACGAACACUUAACAUCCUGAUCAGUGCCUAUGGGAGGAAUAAGAUGUAUGAUAAAAUGACUUCAGUUAUGGAAUACAUGCGCAAACUGGCCUUUCCAUGGACCACAUCAACUUAUAACAACAUCAUUGAAGCUUUUGCUUCUGUCGGUGAUGCCAAAAGCAUCGAAUAUGCUUUUGUACAAAUGCAAGCAGAAGGGAUGAAAGCGGAUACUAACACAUUUCGCUACCUGAUCACUGGGUAUAGCAAUGCAGGUCUCUUUCAAAAGGUAGUGAGUAGCAUUAAGUUGGCCGAGAGGUCGGAGAUCCCACACAAUACCUCUUUUCUUAAUGCUGUGAUAUAUGCUUGUUCAAAAGCUGGUGAUCUGAUAGAAAUGGAGAGGGUGUUCAAGUCUAUGAAGGAAAGACGUUAUAUGCCAGAUUCAACUACAUACUCAAUUUUGGUAGAGGCAUAUAGGAAAGAAGGAAUGAAUAACAAGAUAAAUGAUCUUGAACGAGAGGAAGGAAGGAGUUUUGGGAUUGAACUUGUAGCUGAAUGAGUGUACCUAAUGUCGUGGAACAUGACCCUAAGAAAAGCAAUUUUACUCUUCCAAAAGAACUGAAAAUUCUUGAGCAUUACUGAUGAAAUCUCUCAAGGGACUUCUUUUACCAUACUUACUCUUGAAGAUUUAUUGUCUUUCUUUGUUUAGUUUUUAGGACAGCAUGGAAGAAAAUAUUUUAGUUAAGCUCACUGAUUUUUUGAGCAAUCCUCAGCAUUUGAAGCCAAAGUCCAGGAGAUUGAAACAUACAUGCUGCUUAUAAUUGAUGAAGAUUUGCAUUCAUCAUGGUUAUACUGAGGUCAUGCAUACGACUACAAGGAUGCAUGUGAAAUAUGGUUGCAUUGUUCCUUAAAUUGAUUUUCUUUAGUUAUUUGACAGGAUGUAUCCUUGUUUUUUUAUGUUUAUAUAAACAAUUUUAUAGAUAAUAAUUUUCAUCAUAUUUUUUAGUUUUUUACUUGGCGUUCUGCUUGGCCCGCAUACUGAGUUUUU